GUUGACAUUGAAUUUACACCACCCGUCCUUUCUUGAUUGGUUGGCGUCGGAUUGUGCUUCAUUUCACGAUGGAAAGAGGUGCUACUCUGUUAGUGUUGAUGCUGUGUGGAGUGUUAGGGCAAGCAUUGAGCCCUAUUACUGUCCUGUCGCUCGAUGAUCAGGCCAAACUAAAGGCUGUCCUGGCCCAGACACAACCCUUCACUGAUCUUGCCAGUGCACACUACUCUAUCCUAGGCUUGAAGCUCUUCAAUGCACCUGUUUCAAAUGCAAAGGAGGCUUGUAGUUUGUUGAACAGCAAGGUGGACCUAGGUAGUGUAGAGUCCAUCUACCAUGCAACAACAGCAGCAAAAGAACUUGGAAAUUGUAAGGUUGUGGUGAGUGAGCAGUCUGUACUGGCAGCCAUCAAUGAUAGUGUUGAUAUGACAACCCUGUAUUAUGCCGUGUCUGCACUCACUACUCUAGGCAUUCAGUUCAAUUCAGCUGAUGUUCUGAAAUCCUUGGAUGCAGCCUUGAAGAAGGAUGACAGUGUAUUGAGCUCAAGCUAUGCCCUUCAUGUAGCAGCACAGCUCUCUGCAGAAACUAACGUGGACAAAUAUUUUGAAUUGAUUGAAGAUAUCGUGGCUCAAGCUGAUGAAGUGGAUGAUCAGUAUUUGCAGUUUGAAAAUCUAUUCCAAAGUGGACUGUUUUUAGAUGGAGCUUACAAACUCUCUGCAAAGGUCAACAAGAAACCACUUAUUACAGAGGAUCAAGCAGUGAUGUUUGGCAACUUUGUCUUGAGUCGUAAAUCAACACAGAAUGUCAUGAAUGCUUACAGUGUUGCCUUGGGAGUCAAAGCACUAACAAAUAAUAAGUUCCAAGUACCUGUUGCCUUCACAAGGAUGGGUUCCAUGGCUGUGUCCACUGCUGACCCAAAUGUCAAGGUGCAAGUAUCUAACCUGAUGGCAGGCAGUGUUGGUAAGAUGACAGUGAAGGCUACAUCUGUAAGCCCUAAAGAAGGUGGCAAGACAAUCAUCAAAGAUGCUAUAUUCCUUGGUACCACCAAUCCAACGGAGUAUGUGUUGAACCUAAUAGAGUCCAAGCCUGCACCAGCCUUCUACAAGGUGGCACUCUCAGCUAAACCAACGACUGAGAACCCUGCUCUGAUUGGACUGAGCGAUGGCGCUGUUCUAGUCAAGGUCACCACAGAGGUCACUGUUGAUAACAUGGAGAUCUCUAUCAUUGAUAAGGAUCAAUCUAUUACAGCCAAAACUGUGAAAGUUGUCCAUCCCAGGAAAGUAGACAAGGGUCUUGAAGCUGACCAUCACCAGAGUGUGGUGCUGAAGUUCAACCUGAAGGACAAGGCCAAUCAACCACUCACCGUGCAUCAGGCAUUUGUCCGUCUAUCCAACGUGAAGACCAAGCAGGAAGUGAUCUUUACUGCUGAGGAUGAUGCAUCUAUGAUGUAUAAAUUCAAUCUAGACGUAGCUGAGAGUGGCCGUGAAUACUUCAAUCAGCAAUCAGGCAAAUACACCCUGGAUCUCAUCAUUGGUGAUGCUAUAGUCAUGAAUCCCUUCUCAUGGAACUUGGCUGAUGUGACCCUUAAGUUCCCCGAGCAGGAAGACACCAAGCCAGCACCUCAAGCUCGUUAUGACGAGUUACCUGAGAUACAGCACAUGUUCAGAGUACCAGAGAAGCGUCCUCCUACAGUUGUGUCUACUACAUUCACUGUACUCUGCAUUGUACCUCUCAUUGUCCUAGUCAUUAUGUGGAUCAAGCUCGGUGCAAAUGUGAAGGGAUUUACUUUCUCCAUCGGUGCAGUUGGCUUUCAUCUUGGUCUAGCAGGCAUCUUGGGGCUGUUCUACUGUUACUGGGUCUAUCUGAACAUGUUCCAGACUCUACAGUAUCUUGGAAUCUUAGGAAUCUUCACUUUCUUGACUGGUAACAGUUUGCUUAGCAGCAUUGCACAGAAGAAACGGUAGAAUCAAGCGCCCUGAUGCAAGCAGCUAUUUUAUAAAAACCCACAGUGAGCUCUCUUUCCUUUUGGUGUGAAGAUUGUCAAUUCUCAUGGUUGGUUUUUUUGUUCUUUGUUUUGAUUAUUUGUUUGGAUUUUGUUUCAAUCACUGAUGUGUAACUACCUAGGAGAACUAACUGCAAGACAUUGACUCAGACUUAUGAGUUAAGUUGAGGCAUUUUUAUCAUGAUACAGUGGAAAUAUUAUUGAGGUUUGAAGUUGGUGCUGGUACCAGUCUUUGUUAGAAAUGUUUCCUAUGAAAGUGCUGUCAUCUCUCCGAUGGAACUCAAUUUGUUUUAAACUUGAACCAGUUGCACACAAGUUGCUUUUUAAAGAUGAACUUAUCUUUAUUUUACUAUGGUCUAGCAUUUAUCUGGAGAUGAGUUGGCAACAUUUUCAUAGUAAUUUCUUUCAUGAUAUCACAACUUGUUUUAUAAUUCACCAAACUUCACCCAAUGGAAAACAAGCUAUCACAAACACUGUUUUCAAUUGGCUGCCAAAGUUUACUCAACAAAAAUAUGAAUCAGAAGCAGACAACUGCUCUACAUCAGAAAUUAAUUGGAAGUUUUGUUUGAACAAGGAAAUGCUUCUAAAUAAAAACAAUUUAGUAUUUUGUUCAGAAAUAUAUUCCAGUUUUGUUGGGACAAAGUUCCAGUAAUCUAUUAUAGCGUCUUAAUUUUGACCGAAGACGUGUCACAUCCACAAUUUCAAAGAGAGCGAACCUUUUACAAUCUGCAAAUGUUUUAUUAAAUAAAAAUGGGUUUUGAUGUGAAUAAGUACACCUUGUUGAAAGGCCUUCUUUUGUUUUGUUUUGUUUCAAACAUUUUUAUUGUGUAAUUUUUAGGUGAAGGGAUUUCAUAAAAUCAUCCACCACAUCAGUGUAGUUUAUGGGCAGAUUUCUGUUGUGUAGACAUUUUGAAGGCUGCAUAUGUAUUAUGCAUUGAGCUGUAGUCACUAGUCAAGCUUUGGUAGUGAAAGCAAUCGGGUUCAUUUUCAAACAAAGAGUUGGCACACAGACCUGUCCACACUCAAUCAUGUUUUCUGAGGAGUGUCAGCCAUUAUUUAUUUACAUGUAGGCAGUAGAAAUGAGCUGCAGGAAUAGUCUGUUUGAAGCUCUUCUCUUUUUAUAAUGUCAGGCUAUACAAUUUUUACAAUUUACAUUUAAGAAUUUUUUUUUUUCAGUGCAAAUUAUGAAGCAGGUUUAAUAAGAAAGCCAUGAAAAUUGGACACCAGACGUUUUGAAAAAAGCCAAUCAAACCCUGCAAAGUGUCAAUAUAUUUUUGUUGUUGUUUUGGUUUUUUUUUUUGGUUUUUUUUUUUGGGGGGGGAGUUUCUUGUGAAUUUUUUGUUUAUGUAGGCUUAGAAAAGUUCCAUAAAACGUUCGCAGACGGUUGGAGCAAGGAACCAGACUACCGUUUCACAUCCUUUAAUUUUUUGGGGGAAAUGAAAAUAUAUUAUGCGCAGUUUGAUUAAGGGGAGGCAAUUUCAUGGCUCUGCUUUGACUCACAGAAUUUUGCCCUUGUAGAAUUCUGCAAGUCAGCAGCGCCAUUGGGCUCUGGUAUGUAUGUAAGAAAA